CGCCACCACCAUAUUCACCAUCCCCUUCACUUCUUCCUUACACACAAACACCUUAAACACACACUGAAACCACAAUGGGUUUCAGGGUUAACUUGCUCUCAUUGUUGGUCCUUGGUUCUUGCUUGAUGAUCAAUGUGUUCGGUAGCUUUGAUCUUGAUCAUGUAAGCUGGACACAGGCUCCACACCUCUCACCAUUGCUCCCACCGGCCGCUGCUCCAGCGCCCCACCACCACCACCACAAGCGUCCUGGUGGCCACCACCACAAACCUACUCAUCCCCCAAGUGUGGCUCCGGUUCACCCUCCAACUAAGGCCCCGGUUCACCCCCCAACAAAGGCUCCGGUUCACCCUCCAACCAAAGCCCCGGUUCACCCUCCAACCAAGGCUCCGGUUCACCCUCCAACCAAGGCCCCGGUUCACCCUCCAACCAAGGCUCCGGUUCAUCCACCAGUUGUAGCCCCGGUUCACCCACCAACCAAGGCUCCGGUUCACCCACCAAUUGUAGCCCCGGUUCACCCACCAACCAAGGCUCCAGUUCAUCCACCAGUUGUGGCCCCGGUUCACCCACCAACCAAGGCUCCGGUUCACCCACCAAUUGUAGCCCCGGUUCACCCACCAACCAAGGCUCCGGUUCAUCCACCAGUUGUAGCCCCGGUUCACCCACCGACUCACUCACCACUUCCGGUUAGGAGAAAGGUUGCGGUCCAGGGUAUGGUUUACUGCAAAGCUUGCAAGUACAAGGGAGUUGAUACACUCAUGGGUGCCACUCCACUUCAAGGAGCUAAGGUACUCUUGACAUGCAAGAACAACAAGUACCCAUUGAGGGUCAACGGUACAACCGAUAAAAACGGCUUCUUCUUCAUCGAGCCACCAAAGACAUUGACCACUUUUGGUGUACACAAAUGCAAGGUCACAUUGCUAUCAUCACCAAAGGCUACAUGCAAACAUCCAACCAACCUACACUAUGGAGUCAAGGGAGCCAUCCUAGUCCCAACCCCGAAACCGGUUAAGUCCAAGCUGCCAUCGCCACCACUACCAUAUGAUGUUUUCACCGUCGGUCCGUUCGCAUAUGAAGCCUCCAAGAAAAUAGUAUGCCCACAUGCAUGAAACCAUCGAGGCUUGAUUUACUCAAGAGUUACAAGUUGAGGUAUUCAAAAGGUUGUGAUGAUUUGUUCAAGCAUGCUAUGGCCUACGUAUUAAUUAGAUUGAUCUUACUUUUUUUUUUAAUAAUUUGAUUUGGGAUUUAGAUGUUUGAGUGGCACUUUGGUAAUUCGAUGGAAGAUCAUGUACUUUUGCUAUGUAGUGUUUUGGAACAAGUAUUAAUAAAUCUACUUUUCAACCUAGAUUAGUUGAA